AUGCAAGUCUCAGUGAAGUUGGGUGGCCAUGGACCCAUUCAGCCAACUCAUCCUCACCAUUUCGGAUUCAUCAACCUCACUGACAAGCAGAGGGUGGAGUGGAACUCAAGGACAGUGUCGACCUUUCAUGCUCUGUUAGUGGGGCUGUUCUGUCUCUACAUUUUAUUCUUUGAUGAUCCCGUCAAUGAAGACCCAGUCUGGGGAGAUCCUACAUUAGUGAAGACUAAUGUUGCCAUCACAACAGGCUACCUCAUUUCUGAUCUGCUGCUAAUAUUUUACUAUUGGAACGCGAUAGGCGACAAGUUUUUUGUAGUUCACCAUCUGGCAGCUUUGUAUGCUUACUACUAUGUACUGGGUGAAGGAAUGUUGCCUUAUUUUGCAAACUUUCGCCUGUUAGCGGAGUUCUCCACACCGUGUGUGAACCAGCGUUGGUUCUUUGAGGUCCUAGGAUACCCAAGGUCCUCUCCACCCAACAUGGCCAAUGGCGUUGCCAUGGCAGUGAUGUUUUUCCUGGUCCGCAUCGCUGUCAUCCCGGUGUACUACGGACGCAUGUACACAGUGUAUGGCACCGAGGCCUUCUACCUGGUGCCCUGGGGCGGCCGUGUGGCCUGGAUCGGCUCCAGCGCCAGCGUGGGCCGUGCCCGCAGCACCAUCAUGGCAGAAGUUUGGGAGUGGUGUGAUCACUGGAGGUUUGUGUGUGAGUCCAGCGCCUUCAGCAACAUGAGCGUAGAUUUCUCCAGAAAUGCCACAGAGAGCCCCGAGGCCUGCAAAGCAGAAGUCCAAGGGAAUAUUCCCCACUGGCUCCAAGGAACGCUCCUGCGCAAUGGCCCCGGGAUCUUCUCUCUGGGAGAGACCAGCUACGAGCACUGGUUUGACGGGAUGGCCCUGAUGACCAGCUUCUCUUUUAAAGAUGGUGAAGUGACCCACAGAAGCAGAUUUCUCAGAAGUGACACAUAUAAGGCCAACAUGUCGGCCAACCGAAUAGUGGUGUCUGAGAUGGGCACGAUGGCAUACCCAGACCCAAGAAAAAACUUCAUUUUCAAGGCAAUUACUUUUCUUAACCACACUGUGCCUGACUUCACUGACAAUGGUGCAAGUAAUUUCAUCAAGUAUGGGAAUGAAUACUUUGCCACCUCUGAGACCAAUUACAUUCGAAAGAUUGACCCGGUUACUCUGGAAACACAGGACAAGGUGGAUUACUUGAAAUAUCUCCCAGUCAAUUUGGCUUCGUCCCAUCCACAUUAUGACAAUGAAGGCAACACUUACAACAUGGGCACGUGUAUCGCAGAGAAGGGCAAGACCAAGUAUGUGGUGUUCAAAGUCCCAGCUCAUCCAGAUAAAGAUGCAGUAAAGAAGGCAGAGGUGGUCUGCACUGUCCCCUGUCGCUCUCUCCUCACGCCGAGCUACUACCACAGCUUUGGGAUGACCGAGAACUACUUCAUCUUCAUCGAGCAGCCUUUCAAACUGGACAUCCUCAAGAUGGCCACUGCUUACAUGAGAGGAGUCAACUGGGCAAGCUGCCUCAAGUUCUGCCCCGAUGAGAAUACGCUGAUCCAUUUAAUUGACAGAAAAACAGGAAAAGAGAUUGAAACCAAAUAUUACACUGGAACAAUGGUUGUUUAUCAUCACGUGAAUGCUUUUGAGGAAGAUGGACAUGUUGUCUUUGAUGUGAUAGCAUACAAGGAUAACAGCCUUUAUAAUAUGUUUUACCUAAGCAAGCUCAAGCAAAAUCCUGGCUUUCAAGAUGACGCCUAUGUCAAACCAAACUACAAAAGAUUUGUGCUUCCUGUCAAAUCAGACAAGGAUGUUGCUAUCGGAGAAGAUAUGGUGUCACUAAAGUACACAACAGCCAGUGCAGUCAAAGAAAAAGAUGGAAAACUUAUGUGCCAAGCGGAGGUGCUGUGUGAAGGCUUUGAACUACCAAGAAUAAAUUACAACAAUAAUGGCAAGAAUCUUCGCUAUGUCUACGGCAGCAUUGUUGAUGAUUCUGCUGUUUCAAAGCGGAUUGGGAAGUUUGACACAGAAACUAAGACUAUGGUUUAUUGGAGUGAAGACAACAGCUUCCCAUCAGAACCUGUUUUUAUCCCCAGACCAAACGGAGAGUCAGAAGAUGAUGGAGUUGUUUUAGUGUCGGUCACCAACUAUGAGCCUGGUCAUUCCUGUUUCCUUGCUGUUCUCGAUGGAAUAACGUUGAAAGAAGUGGCCCGAGCGAAUGUGAAAGGCCAGCUCUACAGAGACGUGCAUGGCUUCUACAUCCCAAAAACCGACUAA